UGUCAAUCAACACAUACCCAAGCUACCUCUGGAAACAUUAUUCUUUUUGCCUUGACACUCGAACUCCUCAUCGGCUUUUUGGCAUUUCCAUUUUACAUGCACCAUGUCGGAGGCCAAUCCGAAUGAUGCAUUCCCAUGGCACUUGGGGGUGUUUGACGCCCAUUGUCACCCCACUGACACCAUGUCAUCCAUUGCGGAAAUCCCCCAGAUGAAAGUAUCGACAUUGACAGUCAUGUCCACUCGCGGAGAGGACCAAGACUUGGUGCUUCAGACCGCCACAUCCUUGACCCAGGGUCAGGAGUCCGCCCAAAGUUCGACAACAGGGCCUGUGCUUCCGUGCUUUGGCUGGCACCCAUGGUUCUCGCAUCAAAUCAUCGACGAUGUAACUGGUUCACCCGAUACCAACGAAACUACCUCACCAAUUGAGCGGAAGAAGCUGCACUAUAAAAAGGUCCUUACUCCAGAGCCAGAUGAUGACUUCAUCCUGUCGUUGCCUGAUCCGAAGCCGCUGUCAGAGUUGCUGUCGGAAUCUCGAGCACGGUUGCUGGCGUAUCCCCAUUCUCUUGUGGGUGAGAUUGGCCUUGAUCGUGCUUUUAGGCUUCCCAAGGCGUGGACCGAGGAGGAAAAAGAAACUCGGGAUGAGCGAAUGACCACCGGGUCGCGCGAAGGUAGACAGCUCUCGCCGUAUCGUGUUCAGUUGGCGCAUCAAAAAGCCGUUUUGGAGGCGCAGUUGCGCCUAGCUGGAGAACUUCAACGACCAGUUUCUGUGCAUAGCGUUCAAGCUCAUGGGGCGGUCUUUGACCUCUUCAAGGCCCUCUGGUCUGGGCAUGAGCGGAAGAGCGCCUCACGGCGGGAGAGACGCCGACGAUAUAGCGUUACAGAUGCGCAUGCAGAGAGCGACGCAGAGGACGAACGAAAGCAACAGGAACCUGCAAAACCAGAAGAAAAGUCUCUACCAUUCCCACCACGGAUCUGCAUGCAUUCUUACUCCGGACCGGUGGAGCCAUUGAAGCAAUUCCUGCAUCAAUCCAAUCCAUCAGACGUCUAUUUCUCCUUCUCUUCUGUGAUAAACUUCGGUGGGCCUUCGUCAAAGAAGGUCAUCGACGUUAUCAAGGCUUUGCCUGAUGAUAGGGUACUCAUUGAGAGCGAUCUGCAUACGGCGGGGCAACAAAUGGAUGACUUGCUUGAGGAAAUCGCUCGACAGAUCUGCGAUAUCCGCGGGUGGGAUUUACAUCAAGGCGUUCAACAGCUCGCUGAAAACUGGAAAAGGUUCGUUUUUGGAUGAUACAUCCAACUGCGGGAUAUCAGGCACAUGCAAGGCUAUUAUUCCAGAGCCGGAAUGCGUACACAAUCGCAUACUGAAAGAUUUGUGUUGUGCCAGCGAUAUGAAGGUAUGGAAGCAAC